AAAAGAAAGAAAUAAAAGGAAAAAAGAAAGGAAGGGGGAAAGGGGGUACAAAAAAGUGGAAACUUUCCCCCCUGUCCAUUUCAUCAAGUCCUGAAAUAUCAAAAUGGAUUUAGAGAAAAAUUACCCGACUCCUCGGACCAUCAGGACAGGAGGCUUGGAGAGGGACCCCACGGCUGCAGAGGUGUUUUCUGAGCCCAGCUCACACGGUGCCUGGCCUGGUGGCGCGGCUCCAUAGGCUCUCUGAGCAGCCCUUUGGCGCCGAGAGGCAGCGGCGCGGGCCGACCUGCAGUCUGGAGCGCCCCGAUGGAAAUACACUGUAAGCACGACCCGUUUGCAUCCAUGCAUAGUAUUAUGAGACAGGAAGCAUCAAGCCAGGGGUGAUUGGAGGAUCCAAACCAAAGGUUGCCACUCCCAAAGUGGUGGAAAAAAUCGCUGAGUAUAAACGCCAAAAUCCGACCAUGUUUGCCUGGGAGAUCAGGGACCGGCUGUUGGCAGAGCGGGUGUGUGAUAACGACACAGUGCCCAGCGUCAGCUCCAUCAACAGGAUCAUCCGGACAAAAGUACAGCAGCCCCCCAACCAGCCAGUCCCAGCUUCCAGUCACAGCAUAGUGUCUACAGGCUCCGUGACGCAGGUGUCAUCGGUGAGCACCGACUCUGCAGGCUCCUCGUACUCCAUCAGUGGCAUCCUGGGCAUCACGUCUCCCAGUGCCGACACCAACAAGCGCAAGAGGGAUGAAGGUAUCCAGGAGUCUCCAGUGCCGAACGGCCACUCACUUCCAGGCAGAGACUUCCUCCGGAAGCAGAUGCGGGGAGAUCUGUUCACACAGCAGCAGCUGGAGGUGCUGGACCGCGUGUUCGAGAGGCAGCACUACUCAGACAUCUUCACCACCACGGAGCCCAUCAAGCCAGAGCAGUGGUGCCCGGUGCUGAUGAGACAAUACUUGGUGCAGCCCCAGGCAGUCCUUUUCCAGACCACAGAGUAUUCAGCCAUGGCCUCGCUGGCCGGAGGCCUGGAUGACAUGAAAGCCAAUUUGACAAGCCCCACCCCUGCGGACAUCGGGAGCAGUGUGCCGGGCCCACAGUCCUACCCCAUUGUCACAGGCCGCGACUUGGCAAGCACGACCCUCCCUGGGUACCCUCCGCACGUCCCCCCCGCUGGACAGGGCAGCUACUCUGCACCAACGCUGACAGGGAUGGUGCCUGGGAGUGAAUUUUCUGGGAGCCCCUACAGCCACCCUCAGUAUUCCUCCUACAAUGAUUCAUGGAGGUUCCCCAACCCAGGACUGCUUGGCUCCCCAUACUAUUACAGCGCCGCAGCCCGAGGAGCGGCCCCACCUGCCGCAGCCACCGCCUACGACCGCCACUGACCCUCAGAGCCAUGUGGGCACCGAUUCUUCAACGCGUUUCAUUGAGGUAGACAGCUUCCUAACCCCCCAGACAGACAGAGGGGCCCAACAAUGGCGUCUCCCAUCCCAUCCCACACACAGCUGAAGCAUCCUCCCCUCCAUUUUUCCCUGCCUAGGAUCCAGGUAGGGCGGCUGGACUUCUGGAUUCUUAUCCAUGUCAAGAGUCAAUUGACAAGCUUCUCCGAAGCGGUGACAGGGUCUCUGCUGUUCUGAAGACCAAUGCAGCCAAGCCCAGCCUACCAGUCCUCCUGACUGUCUGACCAUCUGUGGGUUUCAGCCACGGCAGGCCCGCAAAGGAGAGCUGGCUUUUGUUGCUUCCCAGAACCCAUGUAUAUACCUUCUCCUUCCCUGUGGCCCUGAAGGUCUGACAGAGCAGAUUACCCACAAUGCACAGGCUAUCUUCCACCUCUGCACAGAACACCCUUCCCUCUGCCCUGGUGCCCUGUCAGGUAUCUCAAAGCCGUCUUUGAAACUGAUAGUGGCCACCUUGAGGAUGCCCAGCCUCUAGUCCACUUCUCGAAUAUCUACAAGGCUCACUGGUGGUCAUGGCACAAGCUUCCCCUGAGGUUCCCCCCAAGAGGAAUACACUCCGGGGAGACACCCUGGCCUCUUGCCUCCAUUUCCACGGAGCCACCGUAGUGUCAAUGGUCCUUUUCUCAAUCAAGGGACUCCAAGAGAACUGCCUGGGACAGCUGCUGUCCUAAAGAAAGAGGUCAUCCAUCUAAGCACUGAUGGCAUUGUGACUCUGAAUAGCGAUCUGGAUCAAAAGAUCAUCGGACCCAGGUCAAGUCUGAUGGCCCCUGGAACCACCAAACUGAGUAUGUUUGCCGAGGCACGCCCAAGCUCAGACCUCUUUGGACAUCAGCCAUGGGCACUUUGCAACCAUCCUUUGGGACCCCAAUGGAUCCUGGGAGAGUCUGUCCCAGCCACAGAGACGGUGGCUGGCAGAAAGGACCGAUGCCGGCACUGGGGACCAGCACACCCUGCAGGCAUCAGCCAGGACCCGAGCUUCCUCUCAAGCAGCGCUGCCACCCUUGGGGGGCACCGAGUGUGGCUGGGCACGGAGGUGCUGGGGAUGGGGGCAGGGGCCCGGCCUACACCUGCAGGUCAGCUUGUUCAUACAAGGUGUCGAGAUGGAACUCGCUGUGGGAAGGCAGAGGAAUCCAUGGGAGACAGAGGAAGGGCCAGGGGAGGGUCAGGCCAAACACUGAGGAACCGGUGGGCGACUUGAGGGUGGGCUUGAGUCUGGGGGGCCCGGUGAUACAAUUCAUUCAUCUGGAACCUCUAUUCUCUGCACAGUCCGUCCUGCCAACUCCAAACAGCAGAGGAGAACCCCUGUCUAAACUGAGGCUUAACACGACCGCUUUCACAUGACAGCGUCCCUAGGGUCUGCUGUCUUGUGGGACCUCAGACCCUUGACCUCUCUGAGCCUCUGCUGGGCUGACAGCUGGCUGAGCUCACUAGUUUUCCUCCUCUCCCUUCCUCCCUUCGUCCCAGGGCUGAGGCAGGGCAGUGUCACCUGGGGCAGGCCCUCCCUUUUGAGCAAGCACGUGGGAUCUUGCUAACGUUCCAGUCAAGUGUAAAGGGUGGGAACCGAAAAGCCUUCAGAAAGACCUGGGGUAGUUCUGAGAGGAAACUGAGGCCCAGCUUAGGGAACCAGAACCAGAUGGGGAGACCAAACAGACCCCCCCCACACACACACAAGUGUUUUGUGCCUCAAUACCUCCCACAGGGCAGUGGGACAAAAGAAGAAACUGAGGCUGUUAAGUGGAGUCCCCAUUGACUGGCAGAGGUAGGGCUGGGACUUGGGCCCCUUUAGCACAUGGCGGUCGCUGUCACCUCCAUCUAGCCAUCUCUUGUACCCGGGAGGGAAGGGACCGUGAGGAUGGUAGGAGGCACCAUUUGUCCCGGUACUCCAGAUCAGGCUUCCGAACGGGUACAACUGCCAAGGCUUCCUGUCACCCGGCCAGAGGCAAGGCGCGUGAGCUCGAAGCAGGCUUAGUGCUUGAGGAACUUGCUGGCAAAGGAAGGUAGCCGGGGCCCCAGCCCACCUCCAGGAGCUGAGUGGGCUGCAUUCAGCUUCCACUUGUCAGCUAAGGUAGGAGAAGGCCCCAUCCUCAUCUCUCCUCUGUCCCGUGCCGCUGGUCUCUUAGAGUGGUGUUCACCCUGGGCUCCUGGCAGUUCCAAGCUGCAAGAGGGCAGCCUCCCUGUGCCAGCCUUCCAUGUGUACACCUCCCUCCCUUCCUCAGCAAAGCCCACCCAGCCCAGCAGUGGCUCCCCCUCCCCCGCCACCUGAUCAUGCCCAUGUAAGGAGCUCCGUCUGUGUGUCUUUCCUCUCUCCCCUGAGGUGCUGCUGGGCCUCAGAUUGGAGCCUGUAUUUGUGAGGCACCCCAUGGUUCCUGGGGUACCAGGGAGAAGCACAAGGGAGCAGAAGCACAUGGCUGCUCACGCACACACUGCUCUCGCCGGCUCUUGAGGUGCAGAUGCACGUGAGUGUUCUCACAUUUGCACACCUGCUCUCUCCAGCCAGCACGCGCACACUGCAGAGACACAUGCCAGAGAAUUCAAAACGGAGUCUGAGGCUUCCCCAGCCCCAUGGCAGGAGGCCUGGUGAAAAGAGAUCUUUUCACACCAUCUGUCCAGCUCCAGCCUGAGCACUUGUGAUGAUAUCCCAAGCCCACCUUUGCUGAGGCACCUGCUUAGAGAUUGUGCCUUCCUAACCGACACUGCUUUGUAAUGCUCCACUAUCCCAUGGGGCAAAAAUCCUGACGUCCAAGGCUCCCUGUGAAGAUGAGGAUGAAGAGAAUCCUCAGAUCCCCGAGCCACAUUCUUGGCACACAGAGUUCAGCUCCUGUCGUGAAGUGCAUGACCUGAAGACUCCCACCCUAGCACUCCAGAUUUCCCCCAGACCCACGAGAAGGAAAGAACAGAGCCCAAAAGUUGGUCCAGUAACAGGAAGGGGCUGGGGACUGGUGGCCCUGCUGGUCCCAUUAACACUGACACUUUCAGUCUUUACCUAAAUUCACAGGAACACUUUUAAGUGUUCACAUGGAGCCUUUCCCUGAUGUACCCCGAGGCUCCCAGGACAGUGUGUCCAAGCCCAUGUCACAGUCCCUGGCAGGGCCUAGACACGAACAGGUUCUGGCUCGCAGCGCAUAAAGCAACAGUUCCAUGAGCCAUCUCCGUUCCCUUUUCUCUGCCCUUUCUACUUUGGAACAAACUGUGGCAAUGUGCAGGGAUGCCUGGGCUAUCCAGAUUGCAAUGUCUGAGCCCAGCCAGACAUUGGUUCAAAGCCACCCUCUGGGCAGGGUACAAAGCAGCAGGGUAUGGUGCAUCUCCCUGUGUCUAGAGCAUGAUGGGCAUCUCAAUAGUGAAAACUUUAAAAACACCCCGUUAGUCAAAGGAAAGGCACCCAUGGGCUGAAUGGAGCCCAUCAGCCACCGACCUGUGAGCCACAGUCCUGUCAAAAGCCCUUCUGGUCUCUCCUCACUCUUCCGCGAACACUUGGAGAAGACAGGAGGGGGAUGGGAGAUGUGCAAACAGUUUGAACUUGGGAAGUGGUGGUGGGGUGAAAGAUGCACGUGGUGGGUCUGAGGGGAGCUGGCAGUCUUCUGUGUAUGGAGCCCCAGAUGUGGCCACAGGGCAUUGAGGGGUGAAAUCCCUUUAUGAGGAGUCAGGCUUCAGAGUGACGGCUGGUGCCUUUGGCAGCCUCAGCUCCAUCCACCCCCUUGUGGGUGACAUUUCAGCUAGAAUUUAACUCCGAGCCAUGGGGAGCAAAUCUUAAAAACAAACCGAGCACUCCCAAACAAAUACUAGGAACAAGUGGAGACAGAAACGCGGUCUCCCAGGAGACCCCUGCACAGGCCAGGCCAGGCUAGAGCAAGCUGACCCCGGAAGUCUCUGCGUUAGACCAGCUCCAUGGUGGCCCUGGCCUUGUCGCCCAUCUGGAGUCUGCCUGUGAUGGUUUCCAGGCACAAAGUGGUGCACCUGGGUAAAUUUAUUCCUUUAGUGCUUUACCUCCCAGAGGUCCAAGGCAUGUGCAUUUCUUAAAAGGAAACAAAAUCCGUGACUGGAGACGUGGACAGUCAGGCCACGACAUCUCGCCUUGAGUCUGCCCUACCUCCCAGUGGCCGCUUCAGCCCCUUGGCCCUGUUGUCCUGGGCCUCAAGAUUCCUGUCUGCAUAUUCAUGAGGGAGCCACAGAGUCGAUCCACACUUGCCUGCUGUCAGCUAAGGCUGUUCCUCCAGUGGCAGCCAGGUCCCCAAGGGCCAGCUGCAGGGCACAUAGUGAGUCCCUUGCCCAGGUGCUGUUCGGGUGUAGAUGCAGUUUCUGUAGAGAGAGGGGCAUGCUGGGAGCAGCAGGCACCCACCUAUCGGUCUUUGGUGAUUCCUCAGCACUGAGGACCAGUUCCUGGACACUCCCAGGACCAACAGGGAACUCAUAUCUGAUCACUGCCAAUUCCUGGGUUUUAAUCCAGAAGUUCCUCUGAGUUCGUCUCCAGGUGAGAUGAGGUUGAACACAGCCACCCUUUAGUACCUCUAGAUUCUUCUGACCACACCUUAGUCUCCUGAGCAGCACCAAGUUGCUGUUUCUGUCCUCACUGUGGGAGUGGCAUGGCAUGUUGGUGACCUCUCAGUGGGAUCAGGCUCAGCCUGGACAGCUUUGAGCCCAGAGCAGAGAGGGCAGAGAGAAAACAAAUAAAAGACGAGGGACUGGCGGUUCUGUGCUUCCCACUGACUCUAAGACCUGGCUUCAGGAGACCAAUCUGUAGUCUCACUUGACCUGGUUCACUCACCUGCUAAGUUGCACAUGGGGGUACAGUCCCCCAAACCACCAUUCAGGCGGUGCAUCCCUGGUCUUCUCCAAAAGCACCACCGAGAACAUGUGACGAUGAGCUUUUGAUUUACAAAUGGUACAUUUCACUUAGAGUGGGACAGAAAGGAAACCACUUAAUGACCCCCUCGUUUCCAAGCAUGAGUACAUUUUAAUGAAACGAUUUUAUUGUAUUUGAGGAAAUGGAGAGUUGAAAAUUCCAACCAAUCAAUAGCCAAUUAGUUGCUAUAAAGUUAAAAAGAAAAUAAAUCCCGUCUAUUUCAAACAUCCUGCAAAACUCAGAGCCUCAUAGUCAGGCCUUCCUCUUUAUGCCGUGUGCACACGUGCAUGGACAAGGGAGUUCACACACACGUGCGCGCACACAUACACACAGACAUAGUCUCACCACAU